GGCCGCGGGAGACACGCCACUGGGGUUUAUGCGCAAGCGCCGUUCUUCCCCACUUGCGGUGGGCUGUCUCGUUACGCAUGCCCGGACGGUGGCGGGACAUUCCACGGAUUUUACCGCCGGAAGUCCGGCGGCCAUUACCAAAGAGUGGGAGUUCGGCUGGCUAGCUAGAGGGGCUUGUUUCCGCCCCGCUCCUGGGUGGUGGGCGGCCAUUUUAGGUGCGUGCAAUUAAGGGCUGUGGCGGGAUUGGCUCCGCGUCUAGGUUCGUCGGCUGCUUCCCACCUACCAGGGCCGGAUCUGGAGCCCGUCCCCGCGGGGCGGGACCUCGCAACGGCCGACUCUUUUCCAGGUGAAGGGUAACCCCGCCGAAGAGACACUUAAGUUCUGGAAAUAGAGACUCAAUAUCAUGGCCGGCAGCCCUAAUGAAGAUUCAGAAGGAAGCAGAAUCACUUAUGUGAAAGGAGACCUUUUUGCAUGCCCCAAAACAGACUCUUUAGCCCACUGUAUCAGUGAGGAUUGUCGAAUGGGUGCUGGGAUAGCUGUCCUCUUCAAGAAGAAAUUUGGAGGGGUGCAGGAACUGUUAAAUCAACAGAAGAAAUCUGGAGAAGUGGCUGUUCUGAAGAGAGAUGGGCGAUAUAUAUAUUACUUGAUUACCAAGAAAAGGGCUUCACAUAAGCCAACUUACGAAAAUUUGCAGAAGAGUUUAGAGGCCAUGAAGUCCCACUGUCUGAAGAAUGGAGUCACCGACCUCUCCAUGCCCAGAAUUGGAUGUGGUCUUGAUCGUCUGCAAUGGGAAAAUGUAUCUGCAAUGAUUGAAGAGGUGUUUGAAGCCACAGAUAUCAGAAUUACUGUGUACACACUGUGAACAGAUGUGUGCUGUGGAUGUGUUCGUGGUCUCCUGUCAUCCCUACUGGACCGUAGCACUGGACGAACUGACGGAAAACGGUCUGAAGAAAGUUUCAUGUGAAGUAGUCUGUGUCACAGGCCAGACUUGGGUUUCUGUAUUCUCAUGAUGGGACUGGGAUUCUGGAGGAGGGAUUGCUUGGGAAAUGUUGCUGUGAUUUUCCCCCCCCCCCACAUUCAGGAAGGUAAGGAGUGGAAUGCCCCAUAUUAGGCAGGGAAAUCAGAGAUGUUGGGCCUCUGACCCGUUUUGAUCCAGGAUACUACCUGACUUGUUCAGCUUGCCACUAGGUGGCAGCAUUGAUUCUACUUCUCUGCUGUUAAUAAGAAAAAUUUCAGGAAGGAUGAACAUUUCAAUUAGUUUUGCAUCUUUUGUCAUUUGUGAGCUUGCUUGGUAUUAUCCUUAUGUCAUAUUCAUCCUAGGAGAGAAUUAUGGGUUUGGUUUUGUUUAAAUUACAAAAAUGAGUCUUAACAUUGUUAAUAAGAAAUUUGUGGUGACAGAAAAGGAAAAAUAAAUAUUUUUUUCUUGGGGGA